AUGUCGGGCCAAGCGACCGCGGCUCUUGCGGUUGCAUGCUCGGUCGUCUGCGCCUGCAUUAGCGUCUACUACGCCCGCGCAGCAGCACCUCCAUCCUCUCCUUCAUCUUUGCUCGCGAACAACAAGGCGAAAGCGCCAACCCUCGCCGCGAAGAAGCGCGUUGUCCGCUUGGCCACCCUCGAUGCGGGCGACGUGCCCCGAGCGCUGCGCCCGAGCUUCUACUUUACCGAGAUCGGUCGGUUCAAGCAUAGCACUCUUUUCGACGACGCACCGAGCGUCUUUAGUGUGCUUGACAAGCUGCAGACCUACAUCACAUCGUGGCUGGCCUCGCAUGAGCCGCUGUGCCCGACGACGAUCGUGCCGUGCAGCGGCACUGCCAAUGCCACGGUCCAUGUCAGCACGGAGAAUACUGAAGUGCUGCAACUCUGCUCGAUUUUCAACUACAGCGACCACUCCGAUCGGCAGCUCGUGCUGGGGAGCGGGGUCCGCGUCAUGGGCGGUGUCUUUGAUGUCUCGGAGGGGUCAAUCUUUAUCGGGGCCAACACCGUCAUCGAGCCCCACGUAUACAUCAAAGGCCCGGCCAUCAUUGGUGAAAGCUGCACGCUGCGGCACGGUGCAUACCUGCGCGGUGACGUGCUCAUCGGCGACCGCGUCGUUCUGCGCUGCGAAGUCAAGCACGCACUCAUCAUGGACCGCGCCGAGCUUUGCCACCCCGGCUACUGUGGGGACAGCCUCUGCGGCUACAAGAGCCAUUUCGCCAACCAAGUGUCGACGGCCAACUUGACGCUUCUGGCGCCGUCGUCGGGUACAGGUGUGUGUAUCGACGUCGACGGUGUCACGUACGACACGGGGCGACGCAAGAUCGGCGUCAUCCUCGGUGAUCGCAGCCAGCUCGGUUGCAAUGUUGCGACCGACCCGUGCACGCUUCUCGGCCCCAAUACAAGUGUGUACGCGCUCACGCGGCUCAACAAGGGGGUGUACGGUCCCAACGAACUCGUCAAGAACAAGCCGAUGGAGACCGGUGUCAUUGAGCGAGCGCCUUUGCGAUCUUAA